AUGUACGACGUUAUCAUUAUUGGCGGUGGACCAGUAGGUCUUUUCCUAGGUCUCAGUCUAGCACGACAGGAUAUUGAGGUUCUGGUUUUAGAAGCAGAGGCAGAUAUUGUUCCCAGCCCUAGGGCCCUAAUGUACUUCCCGAUUGUGCUCCAUGAGUUUGAAAAGUCAGGCAUCCUUGAUGAUGUCGUUGAGGCGGGCUACAAGAACCAAGAAGGCUUGUGCUUCCGCACUCCAUUCGGUGGCACGAAUGAGGUACUUGCGAAGAUACCUCCAGGCGAGGCAUCAGACGGUGAGAUUGACUAUGGUGUACAGCUUGCUCAACCGGAGAUGGCGGGCAUCAUUCGUAACCACGCAUUGAAAUGUCCUACCUUUACGAUCAAGUACAACACUCGUUUCGUGGACAUGAAAGAACAAAAUGAUACUGUCAUUGUCGAAGCACAGCCUCAUAUAGGAGAAAAUCUCUUCUACGCAGCGCAGUUUCUUGUAGCAUGCGAUGGCGCAUCUUCAUCUGUCCGGAAACGGCUUGACAUACCUUUCGAAGGGUUAACUUGGGAUGAUUGGCGGUUCCUUGCGAUCAACAUCAAGUACGACUUCGCAAAAUAUGGCUAUCCGGCGGCAAACCACGUGAUCGAUCCAGAAGAUUGGGCUGUCAUUGUACGGGCAAGUAACGAGAAGGAAGGACUCUGGCGCAUCGCCACUGGUAUUGAUCCCAAGAUUCCGGUCGACCAGAUCGAGCAACACUUGCCGGCGAAAUUGGAGAAGCUUUUGCCGGGACCGAGACCGCUCAAGUACGAUGUCGUUGCCGUCAAUCCGUAUUGGGCCCAUGAGCGUGUCGCGAAGACUUUCACGAGCGGUAGAGUUGUUCUUUGCGGAGAUGCUGCUCAUGCUUUGUUGCAGCAAUAUGCCACUCUGCGACGCAAAGACGUGAUUAAUCGCGUGCAUAAACAGACCAUCGAAGGCAAAAUGCGCAUUCACUCACUGGAUCGCAAAGUCGUUGCCCAGCGCGAUGACUUCUUCAAUAUGCUGAACAAGAACCCGGGCUUUGGUCGUUUCAUUGCAUCCACCAUGAUAGAGAAAGUUCCCGACAGCCUCUUUCCGUCUCUGGCGUAA